AUGACCAUUGACGCAGUUACCAUCAGAACUAGAAAAGUUAUCACCAACCCAUUGUUGGCUAGAAGACAAUUUGUCAUUGAUGUUCUCCACCCAGGUAGAGCCAAUGUGUCCAAGGACGAAUUGCGUGAAAAAUUGUCCCAAAUCUACAAGGCUGAAAAGGAUGCUGUUUCAGUGUUUGGUUUCAGAACCCAAUACGGUGGUGGUAAAUCCACUGGUUUCGGUUUGAUUUACCAAUCAGUUGCCGACCUCAAGAAAUUCGAGCCAGCUUACAGAUUAGUCAGAUACGGUCUUGCUGAGAAGGUUGAGAAGGCUUCUAGACAACAAAGAAAACAAAAGAAGAACAGAGAAAAGAAGAUCUUUGGUACCCAAAGAAAAGCACAAAAGAAGGCUGCUAAGAGAAACGCUGAUUAA